CGUUUAGGCGCAGUCUGUUCGUGUUCGUCGCUAUAGCUUGACGCUUGCCGUUCGACAUUUGAAAUUCGCGCGGGAAAUUCGAAACAUCCCAAGUGACAAUCGAACUUUUUUAAAAGGAUAACAUCUCCGUUUUUUAUGUCCAGUGCUCGUUGUAAAAAUGGUUAGAUGAUAGUUUUAAUUUUUUUUCUUGGUUGUGCAUAUUCGCGCCCGUCGUCUAUAUUGACUUACUGACUAUUAUUUACGUUCUGGUCUCAUAAGGCUGUGUUUAGGUGUUAGUGUAAACAACAGCAAAGCUGCCAUGGCGAACAAAUUGUAUUUACUAUUAAUGGCGGCGCUGGGGUUGGUGUCAGCCUACAGAUAUCCAGACUUACCGCCAGGCCCGUACUGCGGGACGAUAGGGGCACAAUGUUGUUCAAACAGGCAAGACUCGUGUUCACACGCAAUUCUAGGCACGCUGUGUUACUGCGACCAGUUCUGUAAUCGAACGCUGUCACACGAUGAUUGCUGCCCAGACUACGAGGAGGUAUGCCUAGGCCUCCUCCCACCGCCCGAGAACAUCGGCGAGUCGUGCAAGGAGAACGGCAAGUCUUACUUCCCGCCAGAGAAGAUCAUGAGGGACUGCAACACUUGCAAAUGCGAGCCCAAGGCUCCCGGUAAAGCUGACUGGGUGUGCGAGGAGGACCCUUGCAUGAUGAGCACCGAAGUCAUUGACAACGUCAACCGAGGAGGAUACCGGUGGAGGGCGGCCAACUACACGCAGUUCUAUGGGAGGAAACUGAAGCAGGCAAUGGUAUAUAAACUUGGUACUCUCCCUCUCUCCGCUGAGACACGGCGCAUGGGUCCAAUACGUCACAACAAGGAUGUGUUCUACCCUAUGAACUUCGACGCCCGGGAUGCUUGGCCCGGCUACAUCUCGCCUAUUGUGGACCAGGAGUGGUGCGGUUCUGAUUGGGCAGUCGCGAUCGCUGGAGUUAUGUCUGAUAGAUUCGCUAUCCAGUCUAACGGCGCUGAGAACCUGAGGAUGAGCCCUCAGAGCUUGCUGUCCUGUAACAGGAGGAGUCAGCGGGGCUGCGACGGUGGCAACGUCGACGUUGCAUGGAACUUCGCCAAGAGUCAAGGAUUAGUGGACGAAGACUGCUACCCGUACGAAGGGAAGGCGAGCCCAUGCAGGCUGCGCAGUAAGGCCGGCCUCAUCGAGAACGGAUGUGUUCCACCGGCGUCUGUGCCUCAACGCACCUCCCGCUACAAGGUCGGACCGCCCGGCCGUUUACAGAAGGAAUAUGAUAUCAUGUACGAUAUCAUGCAAUCGGGACCUGUUCAUGCUAUCAUGACGGUGUAUCAGGACUUCUUCCACUACCGCGACGGCGUGUACCGCCGUUCCGGGUUCGGCAACAACCAACUGCAGGGAUUGCACAGUGUCAGGAUCAUCGGAUGGGGCGAAGAGCGCGGCGAGAAAUAUUGGCUGGUAGCGAACAGUUGGGGCGCCUGGUGGGGUGAGAACGGUUACUUUAAAAUAGCGAGGGGCGAAAACGAAUCGGGCAUCGAGUCCUUCGUGGUGACCAUCCUGUGUGACGUCACCGAGUCCUACAGGAAGAAAUAACAGAGGGAGCAACUCAUCACUCCCCUGUGCACCCGGACGAAAUACGUGAACACAAACAGGGGAGUCGUUCUUCUGAACGUCACGAGAGACUUUGGAUAGUUCGUCAUGACCAAAUUUUUCAAUGAUAGGUAGGGCGAUCGCUGACCAGUUGGCAGCUCUGUAGAUUUUGAUUACUUAAGUAUGUUUUUCUUUUGAUUCUCUUUCUUUUAUCGAUCGAAUCGAAAAUGCGUUCUGUGUGCCUUAGUACGAGUUUGGAUCAGUACCCUUAGCACGAACCAAAAUCGAAUUCGUAACGCUUGCAAACCGAAAUGUCAAUGUCAAAUUUUGUAUGAAAACUUGAACAGCAGCGGCACAAAGUACGUAAGGA